CUGCCCACCUACCGCCACGUGUCGGCUGCACUCGCCCUGCGGCAGGUGUGACGUGCUCCUGCGCAAUGCUGCCGCCGCUACAAGUUCCUCAAGAGCAAGGUGCGCAAGGCCAGCAGUCAGCCGCCCGGGCCCUUCAAUGUGCAGAUCCGCGAGCUCAUGGGGCUGGUGGGCAAGGACCAGCAGGACAGGCGCGCCCGCCGCCGCCCCGUGCCCUCCAUGCCCGUGCCGGUUCUGGAAGAGCCAGGUGCCGUGCCGCCCUGGGCCCCCGCCAACCUCUUGCCACCCACCGCCACACCAUCGCUGAAUGCUGCUCUGCUGCAGAUGCUGACACACCUGGGCGACAUCGUGAGCAUCCUGGGCCCGCUGCGAGACCAGCUGCUGACCCGGAACCAGCAUGUGGAGCAGCUACGUGGUUCCUUUGACCAGACUGUGUCCCUGGCCGUGGGCUUCAUUUUGGGCAGCGUGGCCACCCAGCGAGGCAUCCUGGGCGAGCCUAGCUAG